UCCAAGAUGGCGGCGCCCUGUAGGCUGGAGGAACUGUGAGGUAAACAGCUGAGGGGGAGGAGACGGUGGGGUAAUGAAGUUGCCAGAAACAAGGGAUCCCAAACUAGUGUUCAUCUGAUCCUCUGUGCACCCACACAUCUGGCCAUGGAGGACCCCCUGUCUGUACAUGCAUUUUGGAAGAGGUCUGGAUCUGAUACACACCAGAGUGACCAUGAAAGACGUCAGGCUGUCAGAACAGGAAACUGAAGUACCAAUUGUCUCCGAAGCAGUGUGGUAGCAGCCCUGAUGAAGAGCUGUCCAAGCCUUUAGCACACGUCCGGAGCCGGCAUAGCAUAGUUGAGCGAGAGAAUGGCCCAGCCGGCCAUCGGGGAGCUGCUCUCUAUGCUGGACUCUCCCACGUUGGGGGUGCGUGAUGAUGUGACAGCCAUCUUUAAAGAGAGCCUCAGUUCUGACCGUAGUCCUAUGCUUGUAAACACGUUGGUGGAUUAUUACCUGGAAACUAAUUCUCAGCCGGCAUUACACAUCCUGACUACCUUGCAAGAGCCACAUGAUAAGCACCUCUUGGAUAAAAUUAAUGAAUAUGUGGGCAAAGCCGCCACCCGUUUGUCCAUCCUUUUGCUGCUGGGGCAUGUCGUGAGGCUGCAGCCAUCGUGGAAGCAUAAGCUCUCUCAAGCACCUCUUCUGCCUUCUUUACUGAAAUGUCUCAAGGUGGACACUGACGUCAUUGUCCUCACAACAGGCGUCUUGGUGUUGAUCACCAUGCUACCGAUGAUCCCACAGUCGGGCAAGCAGCACCUUCUUGAUUUCUUUGAUAUCUUUGGCCGUCUUUCAUCAUGGUGCCUGAAGAAACCAGGCCAUGUGACAGAAAUCUACCUUGUCCAUCUCCAUGCCAGUGUGUACGCCCUCUUUCAUCGCCUUUAUGGAAUGUACCCUUGCAACUUCGUGUCCUUUCUGCGUUCUCACUAUAGUAUGAAGGAAAACCUGGAAACAUUUGAAGAAGUGGUCAAGCCAAUGAUGGAGCAUGUGCGAAUCCACCCAGAAUUAGUGACUGGAUCCAAGGACCAUGAACUGGACCCUCGAAGGUGGAAGAGAUUAGAAACCCACGAUGUUGUAAUAGAGUGUGCCAAAAUCUCUCUGGACCCUACAGAAGCCUCAUAUGAAGAUGGCUAUUCUGUGUCUCACCAGCUCUCCGCCCGCUUCCCUCAUCGUCCAGCUGAUAUCACCACCAGCCCUUAUGUUGACACACAGAAUAGCUAUGGGAGCACUACUUCUGCCCCUUACUCCGCAUCUCGGUUGAUGUUGUUCAGUACACCCGGGCAGCUACCUCAGAAUCUGAGUUCCCCGUCAACACGGCUGUUGACUGAGCCGCUACAAGCUACUCUUUGGAGCCCAUCUAUGAUUUGUGGUAUGACCACUCCUCCAACGUCUCCUGGAAAUGUCCCUCCUGAUUUGUUGCACCCAUACAGUAAAGUCUUUGGUACAGCUGGUGGAAAAGGAACUCCUCUGGGAACCCCAGCCACCUCUCCUCCUCCAGUCCCACUCUGUCAUCCAGACGACUGUGUGCACAAUUCAGUCUCCCAGGCCAUAGCCACACCCCCCAGGAAGGAAGAGAGAACAGAUUUGGCAAGGCCAUGCCUGCACAGACAACACCAUCUUCCAAAUGACAGAGGAUUAGAAGAGCUACCUGGAAACAAAGGUUCCGUUACUCUCAGUGAUCUCCCAGGGUUUUUAGGUGAUCUGGCCUCUGAGGAAGACAGUAUUGAAAAAGAUAAGGAAGAAGCUGCAAUCUCUAAAGAGCUUUCAGAGAUCACCACCUCAGAGGCAGAUCCUGUGGUUCCUCGAGGGGGCUUUGACUCUCCUUUCUACCGGGACAGUCUCCCAGGUUCUCAGCGGAAGACACAUUCAGCAACCUCUGGGACUCAGGGCUCCAGUGUGAACCCUGAGCCUUUGCACUCCUCUCUGGACAAGCGUGGUCCUGACACACCAAAGCAAGCCUUUACUCCCAUAGACCCACCCUCUGGCGGUGCUGAUGCCAGCUCUGCUGGUGACAGGGACCGCCAGACUUCUCUGGAGACCAGUAUCCUCACACCCAGCCCUUGCAAAAUUCCACUUCAGAGGGGAGUGGGCUUUGGAAGUGGGCAGCCUCCCCCAUACGAUCAUCUCUUUGAGGUGGCCUUGCCAAAGACUGCCCGUCACUUUGUCAGCAAGAAGACGCAGGAACUGUUAAAGAAAGUGAAAGGAAGCCCUGAGGAAGACUAUGUGCCCUCUACCUCCCCCAUGGAAGUACUGGACAGGCUGAUACAGCAGGGAGCAGAUGCACACAGCAAGGAACUUAGCAAGUUGUCCUUACCCAGCAAGUCUGUUGACUGGACCCACUUUGGAGGCUCUCCUCCCUCAGAUGAGAUCCGCACCCUCCGGGACCAGUUGCUUCUACUGCACAACCAGUUACUCUAUGAGCGUUUUAAGAGGCAGCAGCACGCUCUCCGCAACAGACGGCUCCUGCGCAAGGUGAUCAGAGCCGCAGCCCUGGAAGAACACAAUGCUGCUAUGAAAGAUCAGUUGAAGUUACAAGAGAAGGAUAUCCAGAUGUGGAAGGUGAGUCUGCAGAAAGAACAAGCCAGAUAUAGUCAGCUUCAGGAGCAGCGUGACACCAUGGUGACCCAACUGCAUAGCCAGAUCAAACAGCUGCAACAUGACCGAGAAGAAUUCUACAACCAGAGCCAGGAAUUGCAGACAAAGCUGGAGGACUGCAGGAGCAUGAUUACGGAGCUGCGGCUGGAGCUGAAGAAGGCCAACAACAAGGUGUGUCACACCGAGCUGCUGCUCAGUCAGGUCUCUCAAAAGCUCUCAAAUAGUGAGUCUGUCCAGCAGCAGAUGGAGUUCUUGAACAGGCAGCUGCUGGUGCUUGGGGAGGUCAAUGAGCUGUAUUUGGAACAGCUGCAGAACAAGCAUUCAGACACCACCAAGGAAGUGGAAAUGAUGAAAACUGCAUAUCGGAAAGAACUAGAAAAAAACAGAAGCCACCUACUCCAGCAGAAUCAGAGGCUGGAUACCUCACAGAAACGGAUUUUGGAACUGGAAUCUCUUCUGGCCAAGAAAGACCACCUUCUCCUGGAACAGAAGAAGUACUUGGAGGAUGUUAAGAGCCAGGCAAGUGGACAGCUGCUGGCCUCAGAAAGCAGGUAUGAGGCUCAGAGGAAGAUCACCCAGGUGUUUGAGUUGGAGAUCCUAGACUUGUAUGGCAGGUUGGAGAAAGAUGGUCUCCUACGAAAGGUCGAAGGGGAGAAAGCAGAAGCAGCGGCGGCGGUGGCGGAGGACAGGCUUGACUGUUGUAAUGAUGGCUGCUCAGAUUCCCUGGUCGGGCACAAUGAUGAGGCAUCCGGCCAUAAUGGUGAGGCCAAAACCCCCAAGGCUUACAGCAGCACCCGGAGCAGUUGCGGAGGUCGAGGUGCUGGAGGUGGCAACAGCAGCAGUGAGCUUUCUACCCCAGAGAAACCCCCCAACCAGAGGUUCAGCAGCCGGUGGGAAACCACCAUAGGUGAACCCUCCACCAGCAUCCCCACGACUGUGGGCUCACUUCCCAGUUCCAAAAGCUUCCUGGGCAUGAAGGCCCGGGAGCUAUUCCGUAAUAAGAGUGAGAGCCAGUGUGAUGAGGACGGCCUGACCAUCAGUAGCCUUUCUGAGACCCUAAAGACGGAACUGGGCAAAGACUUGGGUGUGGAAGCCAAGAUUCCUCUAAACCUAGAUGGUCCGCACCCAUCUCCCCCAAACCCAGACAGUGUUGGACAGCUCCGUAUCAUGGACUAUAAUGAAGCUCAUCACGAACACAGCUAAGGAGGGUCAGUCAGUGUUAACGUGCGUCUUCGUUGGCGUAGAAACAGGAAGUAUGAAUGCACGUUCUAGGCUUUUCUGUUUCCAGGUUCUGAGUGGCUGCUCACACAGUGGGGAUGGCAGAGGUCCUUUUGACAGUUGACCGAAUGUUGAACAGUGGUUUUUGGAUCUGGCAUUGAGGUGCCUCUUAACCUUCCCUUCAGCCCACCCCAACCUCUGUUUCAUUUACCAAGCAGUGUGUACUAACUGGGGCCAGCGUGUGCUCCUCAGUAGCUUUGUUUUCUUCCUUUUCUUCCCAAAUGGUCGUGUCCUUUGAACCUGUGCAAUAUGAGGCCAAAUUUCAUCUUUUGAGUUCAACACACCGUGCUCUUGCUUUCCUGAAGCUCAGAUAACUGGGUGGCUCCUGAUUAGACCAGACAGUUGGUGGCAUUGUAAGCAGGUCCAGUUCUGUCCCUGCUAGGAGGACGUGGCCUGCAAAGCUAUCCAGAGGAAAGCUGUUAUGGGAGACUUCUUAGUGCUUUUUGGUUCUGAGGUUCAUCAUCUAAAGCAGCAGAUCUAAAAAAAAAAAAAAAAAAAAAAAAGAUGUUUCUUUCAUCCUCACCACCUUUUGGCAGAUUUGAUAAGCUUCCUAGAAAGUUCUUUGAGAACAAAUGCCUGUUGUUUCGGCAGUCUGGCUGGCACUGGAGGCUACGUUUCUUUGUCUUUUGGGAAAGCCUGUUGUCCUUCCUUCCCCCACUACCUCUUAUUUAUUUGGUGUUUGCUUGAAUGUUGGUACCAUUCUGUCCACAGGUGGGUGUGUACACGGUAGUCCUGUUAUCCACAGAUGGCAAGGAGUGGUCAUUUGAAGAGAUGCCCAGGAAGCUUUUGUACACGUGGCAUGCACCUCUGGGCUGGUCUCCUCUAGCUGAGCCUUCUGUUCGACCCUUCAGUGUUUUCCUCCCCUUGAGUCACACGCAUUGGUUUAUGACAGCUGCUAUAACCAGCAGCAAAAAGGCUCAGACUUGUGUUCUUAAGCUGUUGAGGUGCCUCACAUUAGUAGGUUCCAGGCCACCAAAAGUGGUGGCAGCUUUACCGCACCAAUUCUGACUUUUAAGAACUCCCCCAAAGACUUGGAGUUUUCACAGUCUCCUAUUUUAGGCGUGACAGAGCAGAGCAGGAGGGUGUUGGUGAAAGCUGCCUACCUGCCUAGACCCACUGGAUGAUCCAUAUGCUCAUGAGAGGUGACACCUAUCAGUGGGAGGCAGCAGAGAACCCAAAUUCAACAGAUGCUCCUGAUAUAAAUGCUAGAAGCCUAAGAAUUGCUACCUGAUGUUCUAGCCCAGGCAAGGAGGGACUUGGUGGAAAAGAGCCAAUGAAUUCAUUUUUCCUGGUUCUUUUUUUUUUUUUUUUUUUUUUUUAAUGGAGAGAAAACAGAAGGGUUUAGCCAUGAAGAAGUUAAGCAACUGUAAUGGUACGAAAUCUUACUGCCCAUGGAAGCCUCUAACACAUGAAGGUGAAAAUCUUUCUUUUUCUUAGCUGUGGCAGUAAAUACUCUAGCAUACCUAAUUAACUAAAGGAACCAGACAGCUAGAGACCGUCAUGGCACCCUGGCAGGGCUGAAUGAAGACCUUCUGGGGCCAGGAUUUCUGCUGUAACUGGCACCCAGUCUAUAUGAGGCCAUGCUCAGCCCAGCCAACGUCGGCCAUGGCUCUGAAUUCCCAGAGUGGGAGAUUAGGGACACCGUACUUUUAAUUCAGCUUUGUCCAAAGGAAAACCUAAACUCCAGUAUGCUCUAAUUUCCUGAUUCCGUUCUAAGGAAGGGCAACAUGAGAACAUUGAGGAAAGAAAGAUCACACAGGUUAACUGUUGGCACUGGUUGUAAGUGCCCUGUCUCUCCCACCCUCCCCAUCCCAGAGAUCUGUGCCGCAGAACAAAAUCUUUCCUUAACUGGCAAAAGAAAGAAGACCAGCAUAAGAAAGAAAAGAACACUAUUUAUUUGUGUGUAUGUGUGUGUCUGUGUGUGUGUGUGUGUGUGUGUGUGUGUGUGUGUUUUCUAAAAAACACCUUAAAAAUGCAUAGGUUGUGAACUAACUGUAGGGCAGAGAGGAUGUAGUGAUAAAGUAGACUGAGGUGUAGGCUGGAGUCUUCACAGGCUUUGCUUGGGUCCUUGGUGCAUCCUGUGUGCCGGCUGCUCAUCUCUCCGCCAUAUGGCCCGGGCACCCUGGUGUGCGUCACCUUGGGCUUCUUUGCCAUCUGGAAGGCUGCCCAGGUUUUCUUCCAGUCAGGACUGGGUGAUUGUGACCUGGUGCUGCGGUGAAGGUACUCAGCCUGAGAACAGUCUUUUCUGUUUCAAAGGACUCCAAGCUUUGUUCUGAGAGCAGUGAUGGACCUACCAGGAGUCAGUGCGUCACUUGACAUUGCUAUAGGCAGGAGGGGUGCUCUGGAGAGGCAGUUGAGGCCUGGGCAGAGAUAUUAGAACAGUUGGUGUCAUGGCCAGAGCCUGUCUGGAGCAGCCUGUACCUGUGAACGUUGGUUGAAUGGGUCCCCUCCUAAGAUUCCUUGGAGCCUGAAGAGGCUGGAGGUUGUGUCUUGUGCAGUAUGGAAUCUGUCUAAAAGUAGCACUGAAAUGUCACUCGAGAUGGGAAAGGAGAGAAGUAGGAUGGUGCCCCCACUGCAGUCUAUGAGCACAUAUGUGUGUCUGAUACAGGUCCCAUAAAAUCCACAAGAACUUAGUGGGGAGUAGAAGUGUGUGAUUGUGAACGUGAGAAGGCAGGCUCCUGGGGUGGGAGGAGGUGUCCUUGAAGUUGAGUACUAAGACAGGUGGCCAGUGGCCUCUUCAGAUCUGCUAACUGCUUUCAGUAGCGAUUGUCUAAUCUUCAGGAGUAGGCUGCAGAAGAUCUAACUGUAUGUGAUGUGGUUAGGGGAGAUAGUCCAUUAUUCAUAAAGGUAAACUGCCAUGACUCAGGAAGAGUCCUGGAAGCCACUGACAGAAAAAUUAUCCUGCUCCGCCCCCCCCUUCAUGCUGCCAUAGCCAGGGAUCAGUGGGCAGCACCACCCUUAGGCAGAAGCAGCACCAUAGGUGGCAAGCCCCAGAUUUCCCAGUCAUGGUUGCAUGUGUGGGCUCCCAUGCUCUUGGAGAAAGAGGGUUACCAAGGUCAGUGGAUGUGAAAAAGGAGCCGACCCACAGACUUCACAUUGGCCAUAAUAAUAGAAAGCUAAGGUAUGUGCCUCUUUGUGACAGCUCAAGUAUGCUGAGACCAUCCAAUGCAAAUUUCCAUCAAGUACUAGCACCUACUACCCAAGCCAGAAAGAACUGAGCAAGUGGAAGUACUGCGGGGAAAUGCUUGGUGGAUCUCACUGAGGAGUGAAGGUGGGAGGCACUGUGGACAGAUGGAGUGCUACCCACCUGGCAGAGCCUGCCAUAGUGGGAAGGCAGCUUUCCUGCACAUAGUGAUCCAGGUGGCAGCCUACAUCUGCCACACCUUCACUCUGAGGUCCAUGCUGUAAAAGUGACUGCAGUGUGUGUUGGGAUAUGAGGACGUUGUAUCUGUUUACAUGCAGAGGCCGAUGGCACUUGUCUCCAACCCCCACCCCAGGUUGCUGCAAAGUUAUUGAUUGCCCUUGAUUUAACAUUUCUCUAUAGGUAAAAGAAGCCUAGAUCAGGACUGGCCUCUAGGCUGCUAUUGUGACCCUUGUUUUCCAUGCAGCCUGCUUCCACUCUGACUCCCCAGUGUGUCCAGGCAAGCAGUGUGUCUGUCUUUCCUGUACUGCCCUGAAGUCUAUAAAUGCUCACCUAGGGCCAAGUAGCUGUGGCUGUGAGGGAAGCUUGUGCUCCAACCACUUUUGGCCUCAAAAUGAGUUAAUGAAGGCCAAGGCACUCUGUCCCUUCCCAGCGCCAAGGCAUUAUCCCCUUUCUGGGAUAAGUAGGCUGGUCAAGCCACUGAAAUAGACCUUUUAGAGGAUACUGGGAGUUCAAGGACCCCAGAACCCCUGCCCCACCCCGCCCCCACCUCACACAGUGUUUGGAUGGGAGGUAUUUGGCAGCGCUCUGGCAUAGAGGCAGCCAGGCGUUUGUGCACCAGGAAGAAUCAAUGAUCACUUCUCACUUCAGUGGGCCACAGGCACAUUGUGAAGAAGCAGGUUUGCUAGACAUAAUCUAGAUUCUUAGUUGAUCAUGGAUGAACCACAUGUGGUUAACUUGGAAUUUAAAGGGGUAUCAUCAGUGAAUCAGAUUUAAAAAUAAAAACUUUUUAGAUAAAUGGAAGAAAGUCACCUAUUUUCUCAAAGGCUUCAACUUUCCCACCUUGAUCUUAAAAGCAUGUCAAACAAUCCAUGUCAGAUGCCAUGAACAUGAACUGCGAGAGAACUUGGUACAAUCUCAGUGGAUAGGAAUCAAAAGUUUGCUGUCCUCCUUAGAACGUUCUAAAAUGUCAAGGCAGUUGCUUGUGUUUAACUGUGAACAAAUAAAAAUUUAUUGUUUUGCACUA